AUGUGUUCACUGCAAUAUUUAAAAGAUGUUUUCAACCGUAGAGAUUUCAAUUUUGAAAAUCCACAUUUGGAUCUAGAUAAAUUUCACCCACAAUUGAAAAUUUUUCUUUUUACUAACGGCAUUUUCUUUAAUAAUACAGAGUCAAAGUUCAGGUUUAUAUUGCCCGCUAUGUUCUCAUCCUUAGCGGUGGCGGCCUUAGUUCUGGAAGCAAUUUUGAUGUAUCACGGAUUAUCUGAAAAGGACUACGCAAUUGCUACUGAAAGCUUUUGCUAUUGUAUUGUACUUACCACGAUUCCAGUUGCGAACAUAAGCGUACUUGCAAACAAAGCAAAAAUCAUAAAUCUUUUGGGGCGAAUGAACGACGACUUCAAAUAUAUUUGUAGAUUAGAUCAAAAAUAUAAGAAACCAUUUCUUCACGGACAGUUAUUGAUUUGGCAAUUAUGUUACGUUUGGUUUAUAUUUACAAGUACCGUAGCUUGUAUGUUUAUGGGAACGAGCAUAGUAAAGCUUACAUAUCAAAGUAUGUUCGCUACACAAAAUGAAAAUACGGUUCGCCCCUUGGCGUUCCCUCUUUGGCUCCCGAAGGAUGAUCCCUACAGGUCGCCUAAUUACGAAAUUUUUAUGGUCUUGGAAGCGAUUAUUUGCUUUAAUGUGGUCCAAAUUUUCUGCGUUUUCGUAUACGUGCUAUUUCACACACUGCUUCAUUGCUACUAUUUGAUGAAGUUGAUUUUCUUGGACUUGGAAGUUUUAUUUGACGGGCUUGACGAAUCAGUAUCAAGGCUUUCUCCAUGCAACCCUCAGCGAAUCGCAGUGCAACUAACGCUUAAUAAAAGAAUGAAGAGGAUUGUCAAUUGGCAUACUUCAGUUUUAAGAUCCGUGGAGCUAAUCUCAUCCAUUUACGGACCUCCAUUGGUGUUUCAAGUUAUGUUUAGCUCAAUCAUUAUAUGUUUAAUAGCCUACCAAAUUGCGGAUUAUUUGGAUCAUGGGAAGAUUCAUUUUCUCUUCGUAUUGCUGUUCUUUGUCGCAUGCAUACAGUUAUGGAUACCAUGCUAUUUGGGAACAUUACUGAGGAAUCAGGCAUUUGAAAUCGGAGAGGCGUGUUGGCGUAGUGGUUGGCAUGAAACACCUUUAGUACAACUUCUGCGUUCGGACAUCAUAAUAUUGAUCCUUCGAGCUCAGCAGCCAGUCAGCAUUAAAUUUUUUGGACUGCCCAAAUUGGAACUGGAGACGUUUUCUUCGAUUAUUAGCACAUCUUAUUCGUACUUCAAUAUCCUGCGGCAGUAUUAA